CUCUUGCACCUCCUCCUCCUCCUGCACCUCCUCCUGCUCCUUCCCUCCCCUCCCCGGCCCCCGCAGGCCGCAGAGGAGCCUCCGGGCCCGCAGAGACGGUUCAUAUUGAAAGCAUGGCUACAGCAAUAAGGGAAGUGGGAGUGUGGCGACAAACCAGAACACUCUUACUCAAGAAUUACCUAAUUAAAUGUAGGACGAAAAAAAGUAGCGUUCAGGAGAUCCUAUUUCCGCUAUUUUUUUUAUUUUGGCUGAUAUUAAUAAGCAUGAUGCAUCCAAACAAGAAAUACGCAGAAAUGCCCGAUACAGAACUUAACCCCAUGGAUAAAUCCAUCUUCUCCAAGUUCGUGCUUGGAUACACUCCAGUGACUAACACCACAAGAGACAUUAUGCAUAAAGUGUCUUCCGAUUACCUCCCAGAUGUCAGAAAUAUGGAAGAAUAUGCAAAUGAGGAGGAAUUACAAGAGGCCAGCCUUUCUAAAUCCACCAAUUUUAUAGGUGUGGUCUUUAAAGACUCCAUGUCUUAUGAACUCCGUUUUUUCCCUGAUUUGAUCCCUGUAACGUCCAUCUACAUGGAUUCGAGAGCUGGCUGUUCAAAGUCUUGCGAGGCUGCUAUAUACUGGCAUUCGGGAUUCACCAUUCUUCAAGCGUCUAUUGAUGCUGCUAUUAUUCAGCUGAAGACCAAUCAUUCAGUCUGGGAUGAGUUAGAACUGACAAAAGCUGUGAUAAUGGGAGAAUCUGCUGUUGUAGAAAUAGAUAACUUUCCCCGAGGAGUAAUUCUAAUUUACUUGGUAAUAGCCUUUUCACCUUUUGGCUACUAUUUGGCGAUUCAUAUCGUGGCAGAAAAGGAGAAGAAAUUAAAGGAAUUUUUAAGGAUAAUGGGACUUCACGACACUGCCUUUUGGCUUUCUUGGGUGCUACUAUAUACGAGUUUGAUUUUUAUUAUGUCUCUUCUCAUGGCAGUCAUUGCAACAGCCUCGUCACUAUUCCCCCAAAGUAGCUGCUUUGUGAUAUUCCUCCUUUUUUUCCUGUAUGGCUUAUCUUCAGUGUUUUUUGCUUUAAUGCUGACACCCCUUUUUAAAAAAUCAAAGCACGUUGGAAUAGUUGAAUUUUUGGCCACAGUGGCUUUGGGAUUUGUGGGUCUUUUGAUUGUCUUGAUGGAGGAUUUCCCCAAAUCUCUAGUGUGGCUUUUAAGCCCAUUCUGUCAGUGCACAUUUUUGAUUGGCAUAGCACAGGUAAUGCACCUGGAAGACCUUGAUGAAGGUGCCCUUUUUUCAAACCUAACUGAAGGCCCAUAUCCUCUACUCAUUGCCAUUAUCAUGCUGGCACUUAAUAGUGUUUUUUAUGUCCUUUUAGCUGUUUAUCUUGAUCAGGUCAUACCAGGUGAAUUUGGGCUUCGACGUUCAUCCCUCUACUUUAUGCAACCUUCGUAUUGGUCAAAGAACAAAAGAAAUUAUAAAGAGCUAUCGGAGGGUAAUGUUAAUGGAAGUAUUAGUUUCAGCGAAAUUAUUGAACCAGUUUCUUCAGAAUUUCAAGGAAAAGAAGCUGUCAGAAUUAGUGGCGUUCAGAAAAUAUUCAGAAAAAAAGAUGAAACUGUGGAGGCUCUGAGAAAUUUGUCUUUUGACAUGUAUGAGGGUCAGAUUACAGCCCUCCUUGGCCACAGUGGAACAGGAAAAAGCACCUUGAUGAAUAUUCUUUGUGGUCUCUGCCCGCCGUCGGAUGGGUUUGCAUCAAUCUAUGGUCAUAGAGUUUCAGAAAUUGAUGAAAUGUUGGAAGCAAGAAAAAUGACUGGUGUUUGUCCACAGUUAGACAUACAUUUUGAUGUACUAACAGUGGAAGAGAAUUUAUCGAUAUUGGCUUCAAUCAAAGGGAUUCCAGCCGAUAACAUAAUACAAGAAGUGCAAAAGGUUUUACUUGAUUUGGACAUGCAACCCAUCAAAGACAACCAAGCUAAAAAAUUAAGUGGUGGUCAAAAAAGGAAGUUGUCAUUAGGAAUUGCUGUUCUUGGGAAUCCCAAGGUUCUACUACUAGAUGAACCAACUGCUGGAAUGGACCCAUGUUCGCGUCAUAUUGUCUGGAAUCUUCUGAAAUACCGCAAAGCCAAUCGAGUGAUAGUAUUCAGUACUCAUUUUAUGGAUGAAGCAGACAUUCUUGCUGAUCGGAAAGCUGUGAUAUCACAAGGGAUGCUGAAAUGUGUUGGCUCUUCUCUCUUUCUCAAGAGUAAAUGGGGAAUUGGCUACCGCCUAAGCAUGCACAUUGACCGAUAUUGUAUUGUGGAAUCUCUGUCAUCCUUGGUUACUCAGCAUAUUCCUGGUGCCAAUUUAUUACAACAAACGGAACAGCAGCUUGUUUACAGUUUGCCAUUUAAAGACAUGGACAAGUUUUCAGGUUUGUUUUCUGAUCUGGACAUUCAUUCCAAUUUGGGUGUUAUUUCUUAUGGGGUUUCCAUGACAACUUUGGAAGAUGUGUUCCUAAAGCUGGAAGUUGAAGCGGAAAUUGAUCAAGCAGAUUAUAGUGUGUUCAAUCAGCAGCAGCCCGAAGAAGAAACGGAUUCCAAAUCCUUUGAUGAGAUGGAACAAAGUCUUCUUAUACUCUCUGAAACCAAAUCAUCUGCAGUGAGCACUAUGGCUCUUUGGAAACAGCAAGUGUCCACCAUAGCCAAGUUUCAUUUCCUUACCUUAAAACGGGAAAGCAAAUCCAUAAGAUCUGUGUUGCUCCUGCUUCUAAUUUUUCUUGCAGUUCAAGUUUUCAUGUUUUUGGUACAUCGUUACUUUAAGAAUUCUGCUGCCCCAGUCAGACUUAGCCCUGAUUUGUAUUUUCUGAAGCCAGGAGAGAGAUCUCAUAAGUACAAAACCAGCCUCCUUCUUCAAAACUCCACUGAUUCAGACAUUGAUGACCUUAUUAGCUUCUUCAUGAGCCAGAACAUAUCCAUCAAGAUGUUUAAUGACAGUGACUAUGUAUCAGCUGCUCCUCAUAGUGCUGCUUUAAAUAUAAUGCAUUCAGGAAAGGGCUACAUCUUUGCCACUAUCUUCAAUGGCACUAUGAUUUACUCUUUACCUGUUUUGAUGAAUAUCAUUAGCAAUUCCAUGCUCUAUCAUUUAAAUGUGACUGAAGAAAUUCAUAUCUGGAGCACCCCAUUUUUUCAAGAAAUUACUGAUACAGUUUUCAAAAUUGAGCUGUAUUUUGAAGCUGCCUUGCUUGGAGUUAUCGUCACUGCUAUGCCACCGUAUUUUGCCAUGGAAAAUGCAGAAAACCAUAAGAUCAAAUCUUAUACGCAGCUUAAGAUUUCAGGUCUUUUUCCAUCUGCUUAUUGGACCGGACAAGCCCUUAUUGACUUUCCUCUUUUUUUUUUGGUUCUUGUUUUGAUGAUCGGAAGUCUGUUUGCUUUUCAUUAUGGGGUUUAUUUUUAUGCUCUAAAAUUCCUUUCUGUGGUUUUUUCCCUCAUUGGCUAUGUACCAUCAGUUAUUUUGUUUACCUAUGUGGCAUCUUUCACCUUCAGAAAAGUUCAAAAUGCAAAGGAAUUUUGGUCUUUCAUCUACUCUGUGACAGCUUUGGUUUGCAUUGCCGUCACUGAAAUAACCUUCUUCUUGAGAUACUUCACUUUGACUACUGUACUUCAUUAUACCUUCUGCAUAAUUAUCCCAAUCUACCCGCUGUUGGGAUGUCUGAUUUGUUUCAUAAAGAUUUCCUGGAAAAAUCUACCGAGAAAUGAAGGGAGCUAUAAUCCAUGGGACAGGCUUUUAGUGGCAGUCAUUUCGCCUUAUUUGCAGUGUGUAUUAUGGCUUUUCCUCCUGCAAUACUUUGAGAAGAAAUACGGAGGCAGAGCAGUAAGAAAAGACCCAUUUUUCAGGACUUUUUCAACUAAGAUCAGAAAUCGGAAGCUUCCAGAAGUGCCCAACAAUGAGGAUGAAGAUGAUGAUGUCCGAGCAGAAAGGCUGAAGGUCAAAGAGCUAAUGACGUGUCAAAGCUGCGAAGAGAAACCAGCUAUCUUGGUCAGCAAUUUGCAUAAAGAAUAUGAUGAGAAGAAAGAUUUCCUUGCAAGAAAAAUAAAGAAAGUGGCAACUAAGCAUGUCUCUUUCUGCGUGAAAAAAGGAGAAAUACUGGGAUUGUUGGGACCAAAUGGUGCAGGGAAAAGCACCCUCAUUAAUAUGCUCAUUGGUGAUGUCGAACCAACUUCAGGCCAGGUGCAACUGGGUGAAUUUUCUUCAGAAAUGAAUAAAGAUGAUAACUCUGUUAAAUAUGUGGGCUACUGUCCCCAGAUCAAUCCCCUUUGGCCAGAUAUUACAUUGCAGGAGCAUUUUGAAAUUUAUGGGGCUGUUAAAGGGAUGAGUGCGAGUGACAUGAAAGAAGUCAUAAAACGAAUCACAAAUGCACUUGAUUUAAAAGAACAUCUUCAGAAAACAACAAAGAAAUUGCCUACCGGAAUAAAACGGAAGUUGUGUUUUGCACUGAGCAUGCUGGGUAAUCCCCAGAUUACACUGCUUGAUGAACCAUCUACGGGUAUGGACCCUAAAGCCAAACAACAUAUGUGGAGAGCAAUUCGUGCUGCAUUUAAAAAUAAGAAGCGGGCAGCUAUUUUGACAACCCAUUACAUGGAAGAGGCAGACGCCGUGUGUGAUCGAGUAGCUAUCCUCGUGUCUGGACAGUUAAGGUGUAUUGGCACUGUACAGCAUCUAAAGAGCAAAUUUGGAAGAGGCUACUUCUUAGAAAUUAAGUUGAAGGACUGCAUAGAAAAUCUGGAGGUGGAUCAUCUACAGAGAGAAAUUCAAUACAUCUUCCCAAAUGCAAGCCGUCAAGAAAGUUUUUCUUCCAUUUUGGCUUAUAAAAUUCCCAAAGAAGAUGUACACUCUCUCGCACAGUCCUUUUUGAAGAUGGAAGAAGCAAAACACACCUUUAACAUAGAGGAAUACAGCUUUUCUCAAGCAACCCUAGAGCAGGUUUUUGUAGAACUCACUAAAGAGCAAGAGGAGGAAGAUAACAGUUUUGGAACUUUAAACAGCACCCUUUGGUGGGAAAGAACACAGGAAGACAGAGUUGUGUUUUGAACACUUUUCUCCACAACCCUCUCGCUCAAUAGUUUUCUUUUCUGCCUCACUUGAUUGUUUUGUUUUUUUUUUUGUAGAAGACUGUUCUAACCUUUUAAAGUGUCCUAACAAUCAUGAAAGCUUUUGGAGUAUAGGCAGUGUCCGUUGACUUCCAUUCACAAAGUUAUUUAAUUGCAUCGCUCUGGUGUUGUGUUGACAUUGCUGUGAGUAUCUAAAGUUUGUUUAGCUUGAACCUGUUUUCUGGGCUGGGGGGGAGGCUUAUUUUCUUUUAUUAAUCUCUUAGUCAUUAAUGUUGGUAAUCAUUUUACCACUGAUAGUUUCCUCAGGAGGGAUUUUAUACCAUUCUUUUUGAUAGCCCAUCUUUCUCUAAUGCUAAACUCUAACAAGCCAAGUUCCUCCAGUAGGGUGAAAUUAAUAUGUGACGUCAAUACGUGAUGGCACUUGCGACCAUAUUUUUGCAUUUUUAAUUGAAAUUGUAUUUUCCCCGGAGGGCUUUGGCACUUUCAAAGCUAAUGUACUUGGAAAGAACCUUCAAAACCAAAGUUUUCUUGGGGAAAUAUUCCUUUAGGGUCUAAGCCUAUCUGGUGACUCUCAAUCCAAGGUGAGGCAGAGAGUCUAAAUACAGCCUAUGAUCACCCAGAUCUCAGCUGCCAGCUGCUGCGUGGAAGCAGGGAUGCUUUCACCACGAUGGUUUCAAGCUUAUUCUCAGGCUGCUGUGGAAGCCUUGGACCACUCUCGCACAUAGCUGCUUCAGGGAUGACAUUCUGCAAUGGGUCACCCACCCUCUCUGUAAAAGGCUAGGGACCACUGCUGAUGGAAGCACAGAUGUUGGCAGUUUUCUCAAACCCUUCCCUUCUGCCCCCCUCAACACACUCUUCUCCUUGACGAGUUCGUGUGUCUAGACCACAAUAGCAGUGUAAAACCUGGCAGAUGUUCCCUGGGCCAAAGUAAGUACCCAUCCACGCCCUAGAUAGAGACUUUGACCCAUUUAAAACCGUAUUUGCUCUUUGGAGUAAAGUAGCCCUUAAUGCUGUUGAGGAUAAUUUAUGACUGCAGCAUCUAAUUUCCCUGGGGAAUUGCUAACUUGAUCUGCCUGUAUUACCCAUCAUUUAGUAUUAAAAGCUAACAUCUGGACCUUCCUCACCUCAGCAUCAAAUUUUAAGUAGACUUAAUGUAGGAACAAUUUACACAUUAAAACCAAAAUAUGAAUCCUUUGAGAAGCUAAAUAAAUGACUUAGCAUUUCACAAAAUUAAGGCCUUUUCAUGCUUAAUUCCCUUGUCAAAACCCCAAGGCAUGCUACAUUGGUGCAGCGUACCGUAUUCUAUCUGAUGCUUUAAGACAUCUUGCAUUAGGCAGGUCAUUGCCUGGGUUUUAACUGUUAACAUUGUGCUUGUUCCAACUAUAGGUAGAAGUGGAACUCACAUUUUAUUGCCUUUCCAUUUCAAACUCUUUACGCCAUUAUAUUGCAUAGGCUAUUAGAAAGGCAGCUGUAUUGUAUAGUGGCUUCAACUUCAGAAGUAAUGAUUUCUACCCUCAAGAUCAUCUUUCUUACCUCUUGUCAUUCAAAAGGACUUGCAAAAAUGAUCCCUUCGUUAAAGACCUGCAAGCUGCAGUUUUACUCUUGGGUUGCAUUACCCUUCCUGUUAAGUAUUCAUUUAGUAGGCAGCUUCAAUCUCUGUUCAUCUUAAUGAAGUCGUACUGUAACGUCCCAAAAUAUGUUCCACAUCUCUUCAGCCAAGAUCCUGGGUCUCCACUCCUUCCCUCUGUGUCUUCAGUGACUCUCAUCUAGUCUCAUAUGCCGUUAUACAGAAAUCAUAUGUAAUGCAAAGUAGACUUGACCUCAGUAUGAAAACACACAGGGAAGAAACCUCUCGUCUUUCUCAAUAGUUUAACGAUGGUUCUUUGUGUUUUUCCAUGCAGUCAUUGCUGAAGAGAGGUCAGAAUAACAUACCUGAGUGACUAAUACUCAAUGACAUACUUUGCACUUGAGGAUAUGAAUAACUUUAGGCCAAAAAUGAGGAGCCAGAAGCAACUGCUGAUGAAACAUACAGUGUCUGUAAAUAUAUCAAGAGAGUUAGGGAAAUGGUUUUCUGAGGUAUGAAGUUGUGAUAAUUUCUCAAUGGCUAAAGCACAUUAUUUGCAAUGUAAUUCAUUGGUGUUUUUAUUCUAGAAUUUUUGGACUCUAGUCUACACUUAACAGGCUCUUGGUAGGUGCUAUGGUAAUUUUCAGAGUGAGUCCCAAACCCUUUAUUAUCUAAUGUUUUUCCAACAGGUUAAAUCUAUUAAUGGAAAUGGUUCUAUUAUCCUUUCAUAGAAAAAAAAAAAACCACCCAAACCCUGUUUUCCUAUUUUGAGGGAAUGAGUCAGUACUGAAUUGAACAUAAAAGCCAAAUUUGAUGUUUGACUCGAUAUACUUUUUAGCUGCAGUUGAAGUUUUUGAAAAGGUUUAGGCAUUUUAAAAUGUCCUGGAUUACAGGGCCAGAAAUAGUGGCAAAUACAUAAUGGAACAUUGUCUAAACCACAAAGGGGACUUUGUUUUUGUAAAGGAUAACAAGAAACUCCAUCUCCGGGUCAUGCUUUCAAUGUGCAUGUAAGCCCGACAACUGCUGAAUAACGUUAUCCCUUUUUCUGCUGCCACAGUGAACAAACACACAUUUACUAUAAUGCUUACUGCUUAUAUUAUGAUGUAUGAAAACCUCUGUCAAUAUAUAUGCUUUUUAAGAAAAAAAAUGAGGGCCUUAGCUUUUAAAUCUGGGAGCCUCCUUAAUUUAAUCUUUCCGUUUUAAUGAACCAGUAGGAGAGAUUUCCAGUAUCAGAGAGGAAAUACCAGUUGAUACUUUUUUUGGUAUCUUUAGUACAACACACUUCUCUAUUACAUAAAGGUUUUUCUGUUCACAAAAUUAAAUAUUUUAGGAACUCUGGGACAAGAAUUAACUUUACUACAUCUUCAGUUUGAAUGAAUUGAAAUGUUUAUCCUUAUGUCUUUUAUAUCUCUUAUCUUUCCAUCUUUAUUUAAUUUUCCCCUUACAUAUCGAAGUAAACUUGAUCUACAAAAUAAGAACCUUUAUUUUUAUACGAACGUUUUAUUACUCUUUUUAAUUAGCUGUCCUGCUGGUUAACAGGUGAAAAAAGUUCUUCUCUUAUAUGGUAUAAAUUUAAGACUAUCAGAUUACGACCUGUUUAUCAUUGUGUGUUUGAGGUUUUUUUGGAGCAUAAAGGUGUCUUUGCUGAGAGUGGGCUCUGAGGACUUAAUUUGCAGGAUGUGGCUGAGUUCGGUUAGGUCAGUCCUCCCUCUUGCACCCAGAAAAUGGCUGAGUCAAACAGAGCAAACUUAACAUCUGUUGUAAAAUAAAAUACCUUGCAGAAUACACCAGUUUAUCAGUAUCCCGAUUGAAAUUUUCCUUGUUAGCCAGCUAACGGUAGUAACACUACUGCUUUUGUUGCUAUUCCUCAAAGAAGAGUGGAAAAGCAAUACGAAGAAGUCAGUCAGCGUUUUUUGUUGUUGUUUUCUUUCCUCCAGUAGAAGUUAUGUUCUCGAUAAUUUCUCCAGAGUGACCUCGAGCCUUCCUGCUUAAUGACUCUUUUUCUUGUUGCAUUGCGAACCUCCAGUUCUGAGGGCUGGGGAAUGUAGCUGGAGCCCUGACAAAUCCAAAUGCCGACGGUCGAUCGAGCGGACAGACUGAUGUCAGGAUUUCUGGGGCAGGCUCGCAAGCGGGGAACUAGUGGUUCUUAGUUCCAAAGCCCGAUAGUUCUGUCUGCCCCAGUCCAACCUUCUUUAUGUUGGCUUGAUCUUUGAAGUGAUGAUUGGCCCUUGCAGAUGCAGUGCAGAUGAGAAAUUUUCUACUCAAAAAAUUCCUUUCAAAAAAUACACCUUCAUCCCGUGUAGACAGGGCUAAUGUGUGAUUGAUCUUUUUGGUUUGUGGUAUCAUCACCUGUGCUGUUAGCAACCAUUUUAAGAAUAGUAGAUUACUUCUUGAGUAUCAGCACACAAAAAAAUCAAACUUCUUUAUUGUUUCUGCUUUAUUUUUGCACAUCUAGAAUUAUGUGUGUAUUAGUUCAGGAUUACGCUCUUCCCUUCAAAAUAAGGGUGGGGAGAAUGUGUGUAAAGUCCAAUUAUUUUAUGGUUGCUGUGUGACUCACACUGAUCACUCUAUUAUUUUAUGGAUCUUCCUCAUAUUUAUUGAAUGUUAUUAUUCCCUUAUGUAACUUUAUGUCAUCUUUCUUUCUGGGUAUAUUUGAAUGUUUCAUGUUCUCUGUAUUUGAUCCGUGAAUUCUCUUGCAAAAUUUCAGAUCAGGAUGCUGCAUAAUUUUCUGAGACUUAAAGUGAGUUUUGACCUACUAAAGGAAUUUCUACUUUUAAAUACAAUCAACUAAUCUCAAAAGCCCCCGGGUGCUUCAUUUGAAAACCCAGUUUGAGAAAGGGGCUUAGAAGUCCACUGAAAACAAUUAGAGAGAAACGAGAUUUGAUGUCCAAAUAGAAAAUGAACUCCUGCAAUUGACAUUUGUAUUUUGUAAAAAGACUCAUCGAAUCUUCUGUGGUGCAUGAAGUGAAGGUGUGUGUGUCUGUAAGUGAGAAGGUUCUGUGUUUAUCUCAAGAAGCCCCAUCUGAAACUAUAGCUAGUUUUACUAUUUGAAAGUUGGUAGGUUAUUUAUAAAUAUGAAUUUAUCUCUAGACAGAUCAACAUGCUAUAUUCCCUUGUAGUGUGUUGGCAGCAAUCAAUUUCACCAAUUUAUGGUUUUAUUUUGUUCUACUGUUUAGCCAUAUGUUAUGAUAUUAUUUGUGAGGUAUUUAUGGUCCUGGAAAACUGAUUUUGUAAUAUGACAAUGUGUUCUUUAUCACUUGUUUGCUGUAAUGGUAAAAUACUUUUAUUUUGUCAGAGUGCUAUAUAAAUAAAUAUGGAGUGGAUUAGUC